GACGUUCCAUCUGUUCUUCCAGAUUCUGUAUACAAAACGCAUGAUAAUUUAGUUCUGAUAGCAACCAGUUCUGUGAUUCGCCCAUGUAUUUGUUUUCUAACUGAGGGAUCGAUUGAUUUUGCCUAGAUCGACUGUGCUGUUGUGAUUAAAGUGCCUGUCGUCCCUCGUUCCUGUAAGAGAAACCUCGCCACUUUAAGUGCCAGGGAGAGAUUCCAGCCAUGGAGAAGACCGCACCAGACUCGUCAAAGAAGACAAGCACAGCUACCUUUUCCAAAGAGUGUCUGGAACCAGACUUGAAUAAAGACUUGGACGAUUCUGAUUUAGGCGUCCAUAAUUGUGAGUUUUGUGGGACCAAUUUUGAAUCCAGACGAGGUCUCUCCAGUCAUGCCCGGUAUCAUCUCAGGCAGCUGGGAGUGGCUGUGUCCGACAGCAGUGGAGCUCCUAUAGACCUCCUGUACCAGCUGAUGAAAGAAAGAGGCGGAACUCUACCCAAGCUCGAGAAACAGGCCAGCCCUGUUAAAAAACACAAAACCCAGUCGCCCAAACUCAAAAAGGACGCUGGGCCAAAAUUGAAGAUUAAAAUAUCCAACCUUGUAAAGAAAAAAUAUGCUCUCUCCUCAUCUUCCCCCUCUGCUGCCAAAGGAUCAGCGGCAUCUGGUCACUCUUCUUCACCUUUUGCUGUAGGGAAGCCUCGUAAAGCAUCUUCAAAGAAGAUCUCGGUGUCCACUCCAUCUUCGGCCUUGUCUCCUCCCAAGGCUGUUGAACCCAGGCUCACUGAUGGCAGCCUGUCUACCUCCCUCUCGCUGGCCUCAGCCAAGCCCCUCUGGGCUCCUCAGGAAACAGAUGCUCCACUCAAUUUAACAACCAUGAUGAAUUCCACUGUGCGGGAUGACGUCCAUGUGUGUGAAUUAUGUGGAGCCUGGUACGAGACCCGUAAAGGUCUCUCCAGCCAUGCGCGGGCCCACCUGCGGCAGUUUGGCGUGAAUUUGGAGUCUAAAGGUGCUCCCAUAGAGAUGCUUCAUAAAAUUAUUCAGAGCGAGGAGUUCCAGGAAAAGGCCAGUGCUGAGCAGCUGGAAGGGUCGGACUUUGAGGCUCACACUUCACCCUUCUCUGCUCCUUCCACCUCAUCAUCCAUCAGCAAAAAUCCCUCUCUUGUCCCUCUAUCGUUUAAAGGACUGACAUCCGUUCGUCUAACACCUCCUCCAAUCAAAAAGCCAAUUUCUCCAGAUGUUUCAGGGAACUUGCCUCUCGGCAACAAAGCAGAAUUUAAAUCUCCUCCUUCAGCCAAAAAGAAGAAGAUUUCAUUAGAUGUUUCAGGGAACAUACCCCUCAGCAGCCAAACAGAAUUGAAAUCACCUCCCUUAAAGAAAAAGAAGAAAAGUUCUCCGAAUGUUUCGGGGAUCUUGUCCCUCAGUGGUAAAGGAGAAUUGAAAUUAUCUCCCCCAACCAAAAAACAGAAGAAUUCUACAGAUGUUUCGGAGGCCUUACCUCUUACAGAGAAAACAGAAUUUAUAUCACCUCCCUCAGCGAAGAAGCAGAAGAUUUCUACAGAUGUUGCAGAGGGCUUGCCGCUUGACAGAAAAGAAGAAUUGAAAUCACCCUCUCGAGGAGAGUCAUCUAAACAUGUCAGCUGUGAAUUCUGUCACGAGAAGUUUAAGAAGAGUCAGAGCUUGGCCAGUCACGCCCGCUAUCACCUGCGUCAGCUGGGCAUCACCGAGUGGUCUGUAAACGGGUCUCCCAUGGCCACUCUGCGAGAGGUGAUGGCCCAACGUGGUAGUUCUGCCGGAUCUCUCAGUUCCCCUGAGCCGCCCUCGCUGACCCCACUGGUAUCCCCCUCUGCACCUCCCUCUGUUCCCUCCCUACUCUCAUCCCCUAAGCCCGUUAUCCAGUCUUCCUCUCCUCCUCCUGUUCCUCACAAAGUUCCAAAGGCCAAGAAAGGUUCCAGGACUGUGAUCCCAAAACCAAAGGACGAACCUAUGGAAGUUGAUAUCUCUAUCAUAGAGUCUCCAAAGCCACAAAGCGCACCCACCACCCCUUUAACACCUCCAUCUGAUUCCAACACAGUUAGAUCACCCAUGAUCGAUCCGAAGCAUGAAAACCAGGAGCCUAAACAGUUUGUAUGUUGCGACUACUGUGGCGAGAUGUUUGACACUCGUAAAGCCCUGUCCUGUCACGCACGUGGUCACUUACGACAGCUGGGAGCAAGGUGGUCGCUGAAAGUCCCGCCCAUAGAGGCCCUGUAUGAGCUCAUGAAAAGGGAGGGUGCUGGUCGGGCAUCCAAAAUCAAACCGGAACCUGCAUCAGGGGCGGCAGUGCAGUGGAAAAAGACAGCAUCCCCACCUCGCACGUUUACUCUAUCACCUGUGGAAAAAGAGAAACCUGACUCAGACAACACGACUACUGGCUGUGAUGCCACCUGUGAACUCUGUGGUUUUGAUUUUGAGAAUCGAAAGGCACUAGCCAGCCACGCAAGAGCCCACUUGAGGCAGCAGGGAGUGGAUUGGAAGGUCAUCGGCUCUCCUAUUGAGACCCUGAAGGCCUGGAUGAAGAGUGAACCGGGGAAGGUAGCAGAGCUCCACAAAAGCUACAUGAAGGGGGACUUGCCUUUUGUUAAGAAGGUCCCCAAACGAUCCUCCACUCCAUACUCUUCCUCAGACUCUGAGUCUGUCCGUCUUGGAUCUCACAAAGGUUCAUCAGCAGCUCGAGACUCCGCUGGUCAGCCGCAGGCAUACCAGCUUUCCAAAGCAACAGUGGCAACAGCUAGAGAUGGAAAAGCAGGAAUGAGCCACUCCUCCUCAUCACACAGGAAACGGCCUUCAUCAGAUGAGCUAUCCUCAGACAGCCUGAUCCAGUCUCCUAUGGCUCGCAGUGAACUGAACGUUCGUUCUCCUCGAGGCUGUGAACGGCGUCCCCCAAAGCAUUUAUACCACUCUGAGAGUGGAUCCAGGGAAACAGAACCUUCAAAGCCCUCUCGGGCUGGAAACAUUCCAUCCUUGGUGCCUAGACCACCAGAGACCAGCCUAGUAAAGCUAGUAGGGAAGGUGUACUCCCUCAAGUGCAGGUUCUGUGACGAGGUUUUCCAAGGACCGCUGUCCAUACAGGAGGAUUGGGUCAUGCACCUACAGCAACACAUCCUGAAGCUUAAGAAGGAUUCGGCCUCAACCUCAUCACCUCAGCCUCCUCUCAAUCGUACCGAAGCGCCACUGCUUAUCGGCCCUCAGGCUGUCUAGAUGCUCUUUCUGCUGUGGUCUUUAUUUUCAUCAUUUUGUAAUUCUUCAAUUACACUACACUGACCUUUUAUUACAAAUACCACUUUAUUACCUGGUCUUUAACUGCCAACUGUGAUGUGGAUUUGAUUUGAUUUUGUUGACUUUUAGAUGAUUAUUUUUGUAAGACACUACUGAAAAAGACUAUAACCACAGUGUUUCUUACAUGUCAAGUGUUUUCCAGGUGGGAUGUUUUGAAUGUAUUGUACUUUUUUUUUCUUUUCUUUUUUUUUAUUGCGUUUCACUGGUUUUAUUGUAUUUUGAUAAUGUGUUACCACAUUUUAGCUGUUUUCUUGAUUAACAAGAUUUCAAAGCUGUUUUAUACUGUACUUAAAGUUUGCAAUAGUACUUAAUGUGUUAUGUUUUAAAGAAUGUUUUAUUGCUUUGUGAACAAAAUUGUGUAGACCAGGGUUUGGUCUUUGAAAUGAAGUUAUUGUUCUUACCUUUUAAUAGUACUUAAAAUUUUGAAAGCAGCUUCUCACGUGUGUGAACAAUCUGAUUUUUCGAUGCCAAAAAUCCAAUAAAAGGAAUUUCUACAGAUUUUCAUUUAUAUGUAUUAAUGAAAAUUGUUUCAGAUUUCUUUCAAAUUUAAGCAGACACCAGCACUAUAGUGAAACCAGGACAUGUCUAGUGAUCUCAGCAUUAAAUGAGACUUUAAUGUCUUUAUUAAUAUAUCAUGUUUUUACUAAUGCAUUUUUGUGGAUCAGUUUUUUUUUUUUCUCUAUAUCUUCAAGAGUACCAGUUAAAUUAGUCAACAGUGUGAUACUAUUACAUGUACUUGUGUAUUUGUCUUUGUAAAGCACUGUGUCUGGUUGGAGUAAAUGGUGUUUUAUACUCCAACAGCAGCUAUUAAAUACCUUUCCAGAAUGUAUGUGGAAAUUGCAUAUUUCCAUAUACAUUAUUUCUCGUGUGAUAUUUUCUUUUCACAAUUUUCUUAGUCAGACUUUGCAAGAUUUCAAGUCAGUUGAAACAAACAGUCAAUGACGAGCUGUAGUUCUUGCAAAAUAAUUUGAAUACAGUAUUGAAGCUUUUUAUACCUGCAUUUGAUUAAUAGCCAAUUAAUAAAGACACACUUGAAAUCGUU